AUGAAAAACACUGGAUACUGCGCCGGAUGGAGGCCGCUAGAACAGCAAGCAAACAACUUCGACACUUCUGCAGCAGCGAGAGGAGAUCCAGCAUUCUUCGACUCGCGAAUGGAAGCGGAAAGAGCCACGGUAUUCAGACAGGAACCAGCGAGAUCCGUGGAUCCCCUGGUCGAGAAGAUGCAAGCGAAACUGAAAUUCCUCGAGGAUAGCAAUGUCGUGAUGCAAACGCGUAAUCAAACUCUGGUCGCCGAGAACAAAGCCCUCUUGUCUCGAAUAGACGCAGAACGCAGGGAAACGAAGUGCCUCGAGGAGAGGCUGUCGUCUCUAAGCGCGGAACUCGAUAUGGAGAAGCUUCGACUGCUGGAGACGAGGGAAGCCGCGGAGCAAAACAAGAACACGCCGAGCGUCGAAGCGAACGGAACAUCCACGACGAAUAUUAUCUCGAAACUCGACCGGGGCGUGCAAAUUUGGGCGGUGUGCACCGGAUGCCAGAGGAAAUUGGAGAGCUGCGAGAAACUACCCCCUACCGUCACCAUCACCAAAUCGGAAUUGGAAGUGUUGGAGAAGGACAUGCAAACCCUCCGUGACACUAUAAUUGCCAGAGAGGAGGCGUGGGACAAAGCGAUGGAACGCGAGCAAAAUUACAGGCAACAAUUAACUCGAUUAACCACGGAGACGAUCACAGCCCGCCACCUGUCCGAGACGCGUCACGAAGAGCUGCAAUCUGCGACGAAAACUCUGACGGAGAAGGAAUCGGAAUUGAAGUCGCUGCAAAAGGACAACCUGUACUUGAAGAAGCUAAUAACGAAGCUGUACAACAGCCAGCACAGUUACAAGUGUCAAGACGAGCAGCAGAGGAACAGCUUCGGGGCGGAGAUAAACGAGAGAGAUCAAAGAUUCAUCGAAGAGAUCGCGAAACGAACGUUGAGCGGGAAGAGCAGGCAAAAGUCGAAGCAGAAGAGCUCCUGUCCGGAGAGAAGCCCGAAUCAUGGCAGUCAUCAGGCCAGUCCUCGCGAGAGGAGCGCGAGAACGACGAGAGACCAAGCUGGCUCGCUGAAAGAGUCGAAACGUUGAAAAUUCAGAGACGAUUCAAGGAAAACUUGGUGUUACCCUGCUAAGAGUUCCGCCAUAUUGAAACGAAAGAAGAAUCUCGACGAAAUGUGUUAAAUUGUUCUUGUACUGAGCU